UGUGCCUCCAUUGAAAACCCUGUCCGUGACUCAUGCCAGGAACACCCUGUUGCUGAUCGUCGCGAAGCUUGGCCCUGAGGAUCACUGGAUGGAGCUCUUCGCGGCAACUGCGCUUUCCAGGCUUUCCACGACAGAGCCUCGCUGAAAGUCGGUGACUUGGUGAGAGAUGAACGUGAGAUGGCCUAUAAGAGGCCCUCUCAUCCUCCAGCUUCAUCCAGACAUCUUCUCCAUCACUCAUCACAGCUCUUCAUCCAACAGCCCACCAACACUCAACCACUUAACCCAACACCUUUCCAGCCUUCAUAAGCUCACUUCACAACCGCCAGAAUGGUCUCUUUCCGCAACAUCAUCGCUGGCACUAUUGCCCUUGCUGCCCCCGCCAUGGCUGCUCUCACCUCCACCCAGAUUGCCGAUACGCUCAAGACCUUGACAGCCAGGUCCCAGGCUCUCCAGGCUCCCGCUCAGCAGAUCACCAUCAUCAACGGCCCUCUCAUCGUCGUUGGCCUUGGCCCUUUCCCUCAAAUCAUCCAAGGUUUCACUGAGAUCAUCACCAUCACCACUGCCGCCAUCCCUGAGAUUGUUGCCACCCCUAGAUUCGAGCUCGACGCCGACCGGAAGACCGUUGCCGACGCCUUCCGUGAGUUUGUCCGCGUCCACCAGGUGCUUCUCAACAUCUUGAUCGGAAAGGCUGGCCUCUUCCAGACCGUCCCCAUCAUUGGACAGCCCGUUGCCGCCGUCCUUCGCCAGCUCGAGUCUGUUGUUGAUUCUGCUGCUUUUGCCCUCAUCGAUGUCGUCGCUGGCACCAACGGUGUCCCCGAGCAGGCCAACUCUCUCGGCAACACCAUUGGCAUUGCCAUCGAGAGCUACGAGGGUCUCCAGGUUACCAAGCGUGAGAAUGUCAUUCCCGCUGCUGCCAUCAAGGCCGCGCCCAUCGGCCGCCGCGCUCAGAUGAUCGCUGCCUAAGUUGCUGGCUGGCGGGCUUUGGUCUAGAGAGAAGAUACGAAUAAUGCUGGAUACGAUGCUAUGGAGGAUAAUCGGAUGGGGGAAAAGUUGUGAGUUGGACAAGCGGUACCUAGUUAGCGCUGAAUUUACAUGCUUUGCUUUUGUUUUCACUUACUACA